CAUUUAAUGCACCCACUUUACUGUGUAAGCGACAGAAAUCCCCAGAAAUUAGAGAAAAACGGUGCGGCGAGGUCAGGAGGUCCAUGGUCCUAAGCAAUGGUGAAGCUCCCAUCAUGCCGUCCCCUGACGUAGCAGAGGAGGGAAUGGCGAACAGCGUUUUAACUCGUUUCAUCGGCAUCCCAGAACAGACGUACGAAGAAUUCCUGUCCACCUUUACCUGCCUUCCUCAAGGAGCUCGUAGGCAGCUUCCGGAGGUCAUGUCUGAUGGCUCCCAAAUACAGAAGGUACAGACCACACACGGGACACAAGAUACGACAGAUGUAGACCACGAACAAGAUGAACCCGAGCAGUUGACAAUUGGUGAAGGGACUACUGCGGGUCAUUUCCACAGCCUUACCUAUUCUGGCAGAGUACAGGUGGACAAUUAUUUCAACUCUUCAGAUAUCGACCCCGACUCGGACAACGACGAGACGAGUCCAAGUGUUGUUUUAUUUCCUGGAGAGGCCGACCUGGCGCUGGCUGCUGGUAAUGAGCCGAUAGUAAGAGAGACGUGUGUGCAGAACCGCGCUUCCUCCGCGGCGGAGAGUGCAGCAGAGGAGCAUCUCGGCGACGACAUUCAGCCCUUUUCUCUUGAUCAAAGCUUUGACUACGACCGCGUUGUGCUGACCUCUAAACUUUCCGCGGAGGAGAUGAACUUCUUGAAGCUACGCGGACCUCAGAAGGCGGAGGAGACGGGGAUGGCAAGGGAGACCUGACGGGGGAACUUCCAAGUCUCCGACCUUCCCAUCCCCAAGUCUUGUGUGCAGAGGAGAGAAAUGAAGUCCCGCAUAUUCCUUCCCAGCCUGUGUUUUGAAAGAAACGUGCUAAAAGAGAUCAAAUGCAAUUAGCGAGCGGCAGAUUGAUGGCGAGAUGUUCACCAUAUUGACUUCAUAUAAUGUAAUUAGUACUUGGCGUAUGCUCGGCUCGGGUGAUGCUUAGCAGCCGCCGCUGAUUCGGGUUGUCAGGUGUGUAGACAGUGCUCUGCGAGUGUCGGCCUUGUGCUGCUUCUUUUGACUUCUGUCUGUAUGUGUUUUGUAAGGGACAAGCCGUCAGGACCGCCAUCUUCUGCAGUAGGCACCACCGCACACCAGACUCCGGCCAACUGAAAGCCAUCCAUUGAACUCCUUGACUUGUCCACCCUUUAGCUGACAACAGAUAUGGCCACCAUUACCGCCUACACAGGCACCUAAUUGCUCCGUAACGAAGCAGAUUUGUAGCUCAGGAGCAUGGGAAAGCUGGGUGACAGACCAUAACGUAGCUGUAAUGGCAGACACAUUGGUUGUCAGGGAGAUUUAGGGAAUUCAAAGGCAUAAAAGGACGUAAAAAGACUUGGGUCUCAUGCACAAGACCGUAUCCGUUUUGCGGUCCACAAAAUACAGAUACGAUUCAUGUGCCGUCUGAUUUUUAUUUUAUUUUUUUCCGGCCCCAUUGACUUAAAUUAGUCAGUGGUCCGUAUUUUUCGGACAUAUUCUAUCAUUUUUUGUGGAACGGACAUACAAAUGUGGAAAACGCACAAAUAAUCCAUAUGCUAUCCAUAUCUCAGCAAAAAUAUAGACCAUGUCCUGUACUUGGCCGCACACCCACUCUUAAAGGGAUAACAGCAGACAUUUAGGUACUGGCUUUGCCAGGUUCUGACUGAAGCGGUAAUUUACAGAUGUUAGAGAGGUGGAUCCUGUACUUGCUACACCCCAUCGCUUUAAGGCGUACCUCUCACUCUGGAGAAACUGGCUCGUCCAUGUCAUCAACUCAUCCACAGGAUAGGGGAUAAUUAUUAGAUUGGUGGGGGGUCCUACCUCUGGUACCCCCACCAAUCACGAGAACCAGGACCCCAAACCCACUGGAGCCCCCUUGAGAUGAAUAGAGCGGGUGAUCGGAAAUGUCCGUUAAAAUGUCAAUUAAUUUCUAUGGGAGUUCCAGAAAUGGCAAAGUACAGCGCUCUCCUACCUCCCAUAGAAAUGAAUGGAGUGGCUGUGUGCAUGGCCAGCCGCCCGCUCCGUUAAUUUCUGUGGAGCUCCAUGAGGUUUUGGGCCCCUGUUCUCGUGAAUGUUGUGGUCCAAGCAGUAGGACCCCCCACCUGACUAAUAGUUAUCUCCUAUCCUGUGGAAUA